AUGUUAGAGGGCAAAACCCUAAUCAUCCCGGCUGGCUGGGCUGGUUGCGCUGUUAAGAAGGACAAGAACCCUGCGGACGUUCCUGGUGCCGGGGGUGGUAAUGUGCUGUAUGUGGUACACAGAAACAGAGACGGCCUGACCGCUGACUUUGCCGUCAUCAACACGGGCGACGGCUCUCAGUACCACCCGGUGACGGUCGAGGACUCGCCCGAUCCUUUGUAUAAGCCGGCCCUGGUCUUCCGUGAUAUUCCGUGGGGCAAAAUAACAGACUCGUCACUGUGGCUGGUUCUAAUGAAAAUCCAGGUCACCCCAUCCGACCUGGCCACCGUCGAUGUGGUGUACGAGAGCAUACUGCCGUUUCUCAACGAGAAGACUCUGGCAGCCACUGUGUGUGACAAUAUGGAGACCACCAGCUCCACCGGUACCAGCCACGUUGUGUUGCCAUGGGAACCAUUGGCGCGGGGUAGUGCGGGUAGUCUGGUGGAGGAUGUGAUCAAGGCCUGCUCGUUUGCGAUGCUGUCGGAGGGCAUGGGAGAGGGGAAGAUUUUACUUAUAGAUCUGCUGUGUCGGUGGACGAUCGCCAAGAUGAUGCACCACGACUUAACACAGAUGACAGAUAUGAGCGGAUCGGAUAUACAUAUGUGCCACCAUACGCUGAAACAACUCGCCGGGCACGGUGCCACGCACAUGUCACGCGGAGGAGUGAUGAGCAGUGGCGGAUUGAAAGCGUUGCAGAGUUUUAUUGACAAAACUCGAGCGUUGCUGACAGACAUGAAACGAUCGUCACCAAUGGCCCAGAGUAAUCCCAAGCCACUGAGAGCGCCUGAAAAGUAUGAUGGGUAUAUGUGUAGUGAUACUUAG